AUGGCCGACUCCGCAUCCGAACCCUCUUCCUCCCGCUCCGCAGUCCCAGCAUUACAGCGCGGACGGGCCUGCCUGCGAUGCAGGAAACGCAAGAUGCGCUGUGAUGGUGGCAAGCCGGCGUGCCAACAAUGUACCAAGGCCAAGAAAGGCGCACACUGCGAGUACGACGACGGUAAAGGCAAGACGCGCACACAGCUGCUUCGUGAAAACAUUGCUCGUUUAGAAGCUCGCGUGCGCGACCUUGAAUCCGGGUCAGACAGCAACCUCCAGCCCUCCGUUCAACUAUUCGACCCCCACGUCUUUGCCGAUGCAACAUUCCCCGACGCCUCAUUUGCCUACUCUGGAGACUCUUCGUCGCCCAGCAGCUCUGGGUCACCUACUAGCUUACCUUUCGCCGCGCCGAGCACGCCGUCUUCCUACCCGUUCAGCCCUUCUCCGGUCUCCAUGGCCUCCGGGAUGGUCUCUGGCUUCUCUCAAGGAACCAGCAGCCCUACGCCUUCACUUUCGACUCCACCAGCGGGCGUUCCAUGGCUCACUAGUGGCAGGACAACGCCUGAUUCUCCAGUCCGGACAGCAAUGUCCGAUGCUGUUCCUGUCGAGCUCGCACACACACUUCUCGACAUCGUCAUCCCGCAUGCCCAACAAAUCGGACUCGUCUUGCAUCCCGAGCGUCUCCGGUCAAGUCUCCUGCUUGGACCAGAGGAGCAGCACCACCCGGUACUCAUGAACGCAAUCUUCCUCUGGGCCUGCGCACUAUCGCGGCCCCAGUCGUUGAGCCGACAUGAAUCACUGUAUCUGGCGCGCGCGGUUGAUGCUUUCGCCGAUGCUCCGCGCAGACUGACGAAAGUCGUCGACGUGGUCCAGGGCGCCUCGCUUCUCGCACUGUACCUUCUUACGUCGGGCCGUCUGUCCGAGGGUAGCUUCUACCUGAGCGCCGCCGCUUCGUUGGCACUUCAGUGGGGUUUGCACCGAGCAAGCAACGCGUCGUCGACUCACGAGAGCCCGAUCGCGCUUGAUCCUGCCUUCGUAUUGCCCCCGCCAGCCGAUGCUAUCGAAGCUGGCGAGCGCGCGCUCACCUUCUGGCAUAUCUUCUUCCUUGACGCCGCUUGGUCACCUGCUCUGCAACGGCCGCGCACGAUUGGUGACGCUCCGGGCGCGCUUGGUGCAGUCACGGUACCCUGGCCGCAAGACAUGUCAGACUACGAGACGGGAAACUUCGUUACUCUCGGUGACGGCGCGACAGUUCACGCGUUCCUGGCGCCCCAGAACAACGUCUCUGCCUUCGCGAGCGGCUUCUCGUCUGCAGCGCUUCGUGCCAAAGCCGCCGCCCUCCUCGAUGCUGCUACCGCUUUGUCUGCAUCUUGGGAUACUGGCUUGCAGAGCAUGCUGGAUGAGCCUGCUCAGGCGACGCGUACCGACGCAUUGGAGGGCAUGCUCAGCGCUUUCGAAGCUGCCCUCCUCCCGUUGGGACAGCUGCAGGCUGUACGCGAGCAGGAUCGCGCCCCGCUUCUCGAGACACAUGCUCUCGUCGCGUACGCUCGGAUUCAGAUGCACUACGCAAGGGCCGGCGCCGGCGACGCCAGGGCGCACGAGGCGUGCCUCCUCGCUGCCAGGGCCGGCACGUACGUCGCUCGCGCGGCGAACGACAUGGAGGAGGCAGACAUGCUUGAUCCGAUUGUAGGGAGCUGCUUCGCCGCGUGUGCAAGUGUGCUUGCGCGUGAGAUAUCGCGUGUCGAAGCAUGGGCCGCCGUCAACUCGUCUGAUGCGCGCGCUCAAAUCUCCAGCUUGCUCGGAGCAAUGUCGAGGCUCAACGUACGCUUCCCGCUAAUCGGCUUCCAGAUCGCUCGCGUACAGAGGAUGAUUCCGAAUAUUUGA